CAUUGAAGAACUUUGUAUUCGACGCGGAACGUGAGCGCUGAGCGUUGUUGGGAAGAGCGUAAUUAAAGCAGUGUUAACUCUAAAUCCUCAGUGAAGCGAAAAUAUUCGCGGAGAGGUAAUUCCAAGUCUCUCAUUCCGAACCACCAAAGCUGAAGAAAUGGUCGAGGAGGUUAAUCCAAAGGCGUACCCUUUGGCAGAUGCCACACUCACAACGAAGAUCCUUAACUUAGUGCAACAAGCCAUGAAUUAUAAACAGUUAAGAAAAGGCGCUAAUGAAGCUACAAAAACUCUGAAUCGUGGACUGUCAGAAUUUAUAGUAAUGGCUGCAGAUGCAGAACCAUUAGAAAUUCUGCUUCAUCUACCUCUUUUAUGUGAAGACAAAAAUGUUCCUUAUGUGUUUGUGCGCUCGAAGCAAGCUCUGGGGAGAGCGUGUGGUGUGUCACGUCCUGUCGUUGCGUGCUCUGUAACUGUUAAUGAAGGCUCACAGCUGAAACCACAAAUCCAGGCUAUCCAACAAGAGAUAGAAAGGCUCCUUGUGUGAACAUGUUUAUGUAAUUUUGUUACAAAGCAUUCAUUUUAUAUCUAGUUUCAUAAAUAAAGUUUAAAAAAAUAUGAAA